CUUUCAUAAUUACGUUAAAAUUCGUGAUUUUAUCGCAAGAAUACUAAAUUCCUGCCAAUGAAGCAACAUUUAAUGUAAAACAUGUCGUUUCCAAAGAUCGAAGGAUAUGUAGUCACUGAGAAACUCGGUUCGGGCAGCUAUUCAACAGUCUAUAAAGCGUAUACUAAGGUGGGUGCCAGAACGACUGUAGCAGUAAAAUGCAUAGACAAGUCCCGCAUCAAGCACUCUGGCACUGCCAUAGACAACCUGGUGACAGAGAUAAGAUUGUUGAAGACUCUCACACACCCACACAUAGUCCACAUGAAGGAAUUCACUUGGGAUGACAGAAACAUCUAUAUAAUAAUGGAGUACUGCUGUGGAGGAGACUUGUCCAAGUACAUACACAGAUACGGGAGAGUGCCAGAGAAGCAAGUGCUGUAUUUCCUUCAGCAAUUGGCAUCAGCAUUAAAGUUUUUAAGAGAAAAAGGUGUAGUCCACAUGGAUCUAAAACCACACAAUUUGCUGCUCCACAAAGGAUCUGAGGGGAAAUACAUACUCAAGGUAGCGGAUUUUGGGUUCGCUCAGCACAUGUCGGAGGAGUCGUCACGCCACGUGCGCGGAUCGCCGCUGUACAUGGCGCCUGAGAUGUUACUUGGGGAACACGACGCCAGGGUCGACCUGUGGAGUGUAGGAGUCAUCAUGUACGAGUGUCUGUUCGGGCGCGCGCCCUACUCCUCCGCCACGUUCAACGAGCUCAUCGACAAGAUCCAGCGUCGCGCCCCCAUACAGAUUCCAGCCAACGCGUCCAUAUCCCCCGGCUGUCGCGACCUGCUGACGAGGCUGCUCCGACACGACCCGGAGCAGCGGAUAUCGUACGACGACUUCUUCAACCACGAAUACCUGGACCUAGAGCACAUGCCUUCCAAGGAGAACUACAAUAAGGCGGUGGCGCUGAUCAAGCUGGCCAUCGAGCUGGAGUGCGCUGGAAGGUUACCUGAAGCAUUGACCGCUUACAGCGACAGCUUGCGCUAUUUGGUGCCGGCCGUGGGAGCGGAGAGCGACGCGGUGCGGCGGAGCGCGCUGGCGGCCAAACUGAGACAAUACAUGGACCGGGCGGAGGAGAUCAAGCGGAUAGUGAAGGGUCAAAGCAGUCCCACUCCUUGCAACACCAGCAGUGUACACAACCCACAGCACCAACCGCACACGCAACCCACAGCACUACCUGCGAGCAAUAUCACACACAGUACAGAGACGUACGUAGAUCAGAAUAGACGCGCUGAGCGCAACACCGACGCCCGCAUGGACACCGACACCAGUGGCGCUGACGUCACGGGAACACCACCAACUAACGGAUCACCACCUGAAGUCAAAAGCAAGCGUCAAGACAAACGCGGAGCCCUAGCGAGGCUUUUGCGGAGGCCUGUGCCUUACUUGGACAAAGACACGACAGACGAAUCCCAAAGCAAAUCUCCGAAGUGCGAUGAGCCGAAUGAUACUUGCAAGAUUACAUAAAUAUAAUUACUAUUAUUUAUAUGUUCUAAAAAGGAGACUUUGAGAUUUUAUGUAAUUUUCAGUAUUUUUAUGUUCUAAUUUAUUGUUGUAAGGGAACUGCCAUAGCUAUUAUUUUGUUAUUUCUUUAUAAAUUUUAUGCUAAUUCAAUUGCGUGAGGGAAACAUUAACUUUUUUUUUAAAUUCCAAUACAAGCUAGCCCUUAACUAUGAUCUCACCUGGUUGUAAGUGAUGAUGCAGUCUAAGGUAGCGAGGUAACUUGGAAAGGGUACGGCAGUUUCAUUAAACUCAUACCCCUGAUCGGUUAUUACACGGCAUGAUACCAAUACAAGCUAGCCCGUAACUGUGAUCUCAUCUGGUGGUAAGUGGUGAUGCAGUCUAAGAUGGUAUGUUAUGGCGGGCUAUGUUUGGGGUACGGGUAAGUUUCAUUAAACUCAUAACCGUGAUCGGUUUUUAACAGAAAGCUAAAUCGCUUGGCGGCACGACUUCGGUAGGGUGGUAACUAGCCACGGCCGAAGCCACCCACCAGGCAAUCACUUAUUUUACUUUAGUUACCACUUACCUUUGCUGACAGUAGUAGCAGCUAUGAAGGCAUAAUAUUUAAUAAAAUGUAUUGUAAGUGUUAGGCUGAGACCUAUAGAGCGCACUUUGACUUUGCUCAAACUUAAGACACUGUUAAAACGAGACAGUGUUAUACCGCUCGCAUAAAUCUGUCUCGUUUUAACUGAAACUUAAGUCUAAGCAAAGUCAAAGUGUGCUCUAUAGUCAGCCUGAUAGUGCCUUGGAAGCUUUUAUAAAUAAAUACCUAGUUACUUAGUAAUUGUUUGUAUAUUAUGCAUAAUAAAUUUCUUAUGA